AUGAGCUUCUCACUCACGUUCACCGAGCUGGCCAACAUCGCCAUCCCACAGUGCGGGGUGCUGAACUUCAAGGCCCUGCACCUCCUGCUGCACGGCAUCUUGGAGCACAUCCACAUGGCUGAGCUCAAGAAGGACCUCUCGGGGGAUGAGGACUUCCUGCAGACCUCGCAGGUGGCCAUCGUGCCCAGGGAAGGAGGCCAGCCCAUCCUCAACCCCAUGAACAGGCUCAGCAAUGUCUUCGACCAUGUGGUGAGCCGCCUCGACAAGAUGGAGAACCAGCUGGCCCUGCUGCAGGACCUGCCCUCCACCGCCCAGCUGCUGGAAGCCAGCCAGGGCAGCCGGCCCGUCCAGGACCUGUGGCAUCUGAUCAAGCUCCGGAAGAUGGUGGAGGGUCAUGAUGAAGUCAUGGCCAAGUCAAUGCAGACCCUGCAGGACUUGCUCACUGAUCUUCACGCGCUCCAGGUCACCAUCACAGCCCUCAGGAAGGAAGUGGACAUGCUGAAGAACAUGCUUGACAAGGUACACCCAGAAAAAAUGGAUAUCUUCGCUGAAGACUUCAAAAUACAGAACCGGAAGAUGGUUGCACUGCAGCGGGAAGUGGCUUCUCUCCAGAAUAAGUUUAAAACCAUCCCCAAAACCGAGGACAUGGUGCUCUGGAGUGGCCUCCAUGAUGCCAUGUUCACCUCAGAAAUUGGAUCAUCACAGCUGGACCUGUGGCAGUCCGUACAGCAGCUCCCAGAGGCUGCCCUGGUCCAGACCACCGAGUACCUUGAAGCUACUCGUGCCAUCCAGGUCUCCGAGCCCGUCCAGAACCCCCAGCUGCUGCAGACCAUGUGGCAUUACGAGGUCCCAGAGCUCCUCCUGGAAGGCUCAUCUGCCCAAGCAGUUUCACUCAGCAGAGCCCAGGAGCCAGCGCAGCCUCCAGCCCUCACGCCUGAGUCUGCACCUGGGCGCGCAACUGAAUUUGCACCUGGGCCCGCACCUGGGACUGAACCUGUGCCAGGGCUGGAGCUGGGGCUGGAGCUGGAGCCUGUGCCUACUCUGGGGCCUGUCCCAGGGCGCAGUGUGACACCUGGGUCCUUGCCAGCACCUUGGCCUGUGCUUGGACCUGUGCCUGCCCCAGGUGCCCAGCGUCCACCACCGGGUGGCUGGCCUGCACUCCCCAGACGCUGGCCUCUUCCCCAAGGCUGGCCCAGGGUGGGCUCUUGGCCUUUUUGGGACUUAGGUGUCCUGCGGCCAACUCAGGCCCAACCCUCCAGGGCCCCACCACCAGCCACCGAGUUUGGCUUAGUGUGGCCUCGACCACUGCAGCCGUAUCAGUCUCACCAGGGAGAAGCCCUCCAGCUCGCAGCUGUCCAAGUACAGGGGGAGGAAAAUGAUGUCCCCAGCCUGAGGGGCCUUCGGGAGAGGGCCCGCAAGGAUGGGGCCCCCAAGGAUAGAACUCGCAAGGAUGGGGUCCCCAAAGAUAGAGGUGGCAAGGAUGUGGACCCCCAGGAUAGAGGUGGCAAGGAUGGGGCCCCCAAGGAUAGAGCUCACAAGGAUGAGGUCCCCAAAGAUAGAGGUGGCAAGGAUGGGGCCCCCAAGGAUAGAGUUGGCAAGGAUGGGGACCCCAAGGAAGCACAGCCUAAGGCUCCCCAGUCUGCCCUUCACCGGCUGAAAACCACCGCUGCCAUCGCCGCCGCCGCCGCCGCAGCCUACGCAGCCGCCGCAUCCUCCGCUGCCCAGGCAGCCAAGGUUGCUGCCCAGUCUGUCAAGGACGCCCCAGCCACCAAAAUGGCCACCAUUGCAACAGACACGGCUGCAGCUGGGCCCCUAGGGGUCUUUGCAGAUGUCCUGGGUGCAGGGCCUUCCCGGGGAGCCACAGAAUCCCAGGUCUUGGGCGAUGAUUCCGAAAUCUACGAAAUCCUCUCUCCCUCCUGCUCUGCUGCCAGCAUCGGUCCUGAUACAGCCCUGUCCCAGGCCAUGGUGGCUGCCAAGCAGGCCACGAGCCCUGAAGACAAGAAGAGGGCUGUCAGGUGUUCCAUGAGCCACAUAGCCCAGAUACCUGUCAAACACGACUCCCUGAAGGAAGAAUUUGCCCAGCUGUCCUUUGACCUGAACCAGCGCUUGAGUUAUCUAGCCAAUAUGGGAGGCCCUUCCAGCCUUGGGAGAACAGUGGACAUAUUGCAGAAAAAGAUUGGCAGCCUCCAGAAAUCUAGGCUCAAGGAGGAAGAACUUGAGAGAAUUUGGGGCAACCAAAUAGAGAUAAUGAAGGAUCGUUACAUCACUUUGGACAAGGCGGUGGAGAAGCUGCAGGUUCGCAUGGAUGAGUUCAAGACUCUCCAGGCUCAAAUCAAAAGACUGGAAAUGAACAAGGUGAAUAAGAGCACGAUGGAGGAGGAGCUGAGAGAGAAAGCCGACAGGAGUGCCCUGGCAGGCAAGGCAAGCCGAGUUGACCUGGAGACUGUGGCCUUGGAGCUGAACGAGAUGAUUCAGGGCAUGCUCUUCAAGGUCACGAUCCAUGAGGACAGCUGGAAGAAGGCUGUGGAGGAGCUCAGCAAGGACGUGAACACCAAGUUAGUCCACAGUGAUCUGGAUCCCUUGAAGAAAGAAAUGGAAGAGAUCUGGAAAAUCAUCCGGAAGCUGCUGAUUGAGGGCUUAAGAUUGGAUCCUGACAGUGCUGCCGGCUUCAGGAGGAAGCUGUUCGAGCGUGUGAAGUGCAUCUCCUGUGACCGGCCCGUGGAGAUGAUGACUGGCCCACAGCUGAUCACCAUCCGCAAAGCCCACCUGCUGUCCCGGCUACGGCCAGCCAGCGCCAACAGCUACGAGUACUUGCAGCGACAACAGAUGAGGGAACAGCAGCGGCUGCAGCUCCAGGACCUCGGUAUCCAGGAGGAUUGUCAGCAGGACUGGGGUGAUGGCCCCCAAAACGCCACCAGCCUCAAGUGCAAGUCCUGCAACCUGUCGACGCUCUAUCCCUACGGGGAUCCCCACGUGAUCAACUAUGACAGCGCCGAGGUGGACAUCCUGGGCGUGGAUGGGAUCCUGUACAAAGGCCGCAUGAAUAGCCAGAGCGGGGCUCAGCCCUCGGCCGUCGCAAAGGAGCUGGCAGCUGCGAAGGCUCCGUGUCCCCCGUCACAAAGCCUGUAUGACCGUGUGCACUCCAGUGCCCUAUUUGGCACCAUCUGCCCCCCCCUGUGCCCCCGCUCCAGUGCCCGCUCAGCUGCCUCAGGCCCUCACGCGACGAUGCCAGCUCAACCACCUUCCCUGCCACCUCUGCCGCUGCUGCCACUGCUGAUUCCACCCCUAAGGGACCCCCAGCAGGCCCCAGGGUCCACCAGGCUCUCAAGAGCUCUGCACAUUGCGUCCCCAGUCAGCAGGAAGCCCCCCGAGGAGCCCGCCAACCCGUGAGCCCCACCCCACUGCGCCCCCCAUCGCCAAGUCCCCUCCACGUCCGAGGCUCAGACCCAUGCACCCCCCCACCCCCACCAA